GCAGAACUGCCCCGAGAGCAGCCUCGGGAAAAGUGGGGAGUGCUGUGGGAGGGGCUCAGCCGUACACCUGGAUUGUACACCUGGGGGGCGGCGGUCAGGAUUGCAGCCUUAGUUGGAGGGUUUCGGCGAGCUCACCCUCCUCCAUGGCCACAUGCUUUCCCCUGGGACUAAGGAUACUCGUAGGAGCCGGUGCAUGCUUUCCCAUUCUUUUAUGGGGGAAGGGCUGGGGGAGUCUAGGGGUUUGGAGAGGGGCCCACAGGGGAGAUACGUUCACACCUGGGGAAUGAGCCAGCAGGUGGGAUGGAGACUGCGUGCCUCGCUUUGCAGGCAGGAAGUGGCCGUCCAGCUGCCCAAUAUGUGUAAACGUAGGGCACCAUCUCCUUCGUGUUUUAGGAGCUCCCCCCAUCCCCCCCCCCCCCCCCAGGCUCAGGCUAGUGCAGGAGGGGCCCGCUUGUUUGCCUGUAGAUGGCACUGCAGCUAACCUGUUUUUGACACAGCAUAUUUAAAGGACGGCCAUUUUGCCCGUGCCAACCACUUGACAGCCGGAUGCCACUUCUGCUUGGGUGUGUUUGCAUGUGUGUGUGGUCAUUUCCAUAGACAUUUCUCCUAGAGUUGCAAAAGGGACAUCUUUGGGGCUUUCUUAAAUUCCAGCUUAGCUCUCCUGGCCCGUCUGUUUUUUCUGUGGAGGAGAAAAAGGACCCUGGAGAUUUGCAGCAGCUUCUUGUGAAUCUCAUAGGCUUCUCAUUGUGCCUCCUCUGCCGGAAUGAAGCAGGCACUUCUGUGGACCAGAUCCCUGCAACUUCCGGCGUAGAACCUGGGCAGCUCCGCCUGCUGCCAAUCUGCUUUGGACACCCUGUUAAGAACGCCAGUGCGGAGACCUGGAGUAGAGCCAAACGGGAAAUGAGGAGGGAAAGCACUGGUGUUUGUUUCCCAGGCCAGGGCAACAUAGCUCCAGGAGCCUGGCUUCCCAGUGGGGCCAAGCAGCAAGUGGGAACCCUCCUCAGACAAGGGAAGCAGCGGGGUCCCUCUGCACUGCCCUCGGGCAGACAGCGGCAGAACCGGUCCCGCAGGAAGAGCUCUUGGGAUCUCAGCAUAACAUUUUGGCCCUAAGGCAUCACUUCAAUUAACCAAUAAGCUAAGGACCUCAGCGCUGAGGCUGCUCAGGCCUUCGAGAAUCCUAGAGUUGGAAGUGGCUAGUCAUCUAGUCCGACCCCUGCUCAGCCUAGAGCAUCUCAGACAAGGGUUUGUCCAGCCACUGCUUAAAGACUGCCAGUGAGGGGGAGCUCACCCCCGCCCCAGCAGCCGAUUCCGUUGCUGAACUACUCUCACUCCCCUCUGUAUCCUGUGUAGCCAUGAAGCUGGAAAACACCUGCCCGGAGCAGCAGCUGGAGUUCACGGUCGCCACCGAGAAGGAGUUCGAUGAGAUUCUGGCCAUGUCCAAGGGCAUCUAUGGAGGUCUCGACUACCUCCCAAGCCGCUACCACUCCUGGAUCCGCGAGCCCAACCGCACCGUUGUGCUGGCCAAGAAGAAUGGAGCAGUGAUUGGGCUCCAGUCUGUCUACAUCGUAGAUGCUGGUGAGACAGUUCUGGUGGAGGGGCUGCGCGUGGCCCCCUGGGAACGUGGCAAGGGCGUGGCGGGCGUCUUGCAGCGCUUCUGCCUCGAGAUGGUGAAAGAGAAGCAUCCAGGGGUCAAGGUGUCGCGCCUGACGAGGGAUGACAAACUGGGCCCCAAAGACUUCAAGAAGUACCGAGUCAUUGCUAAGCAGGGGAUUCUCCUGGUGCGCUUCAAUGCCCAAGAUCUCCUCUCUCGCCUGGACCUCCUGGUGUUGGCCCUAGAGGAGGGCGGCUUCUGCCCAGAGCCGUCCGAGCUGCUCAUGGCAGGUGAAGUGGCGGAGGUGGUCCUGCGAGAGUCCUUUCGCAGUGAGGUCCUCCCCAACCAGACCAUCAUCCAAGACUGGCAGCCCUUCAAGGCCACCGCGAGCAACCUGGGCCUCCUGCAGAAGAAGGAGCUCUGCUGGGUGGUGGACAAGAAGUCCCACCCCACUGUGGCCACCCUCAGCACCCGCCCCUUCUCCAUCCCGUUGGGCGAAGACUGGUUCUACCUCAACAUCGACGUCUUCGGCCGUGCCCUGGCCCACGUCAAGAGCCAGCUGAUCCACCAUCUCCGCCUCCAGAUGCCCGGCCUCCAGGGCAACGUGAUGUGUCAGCUCUUCCUGGAGCCGGCCCUGUGGCUAGACAUGGCUGAGUUCUGCCAGGUGGCCCUUGGCCUGGAGCUGGCCAAGGGCUACACGGAGCAGUACCUGCUGGAGUCUGACGUCUAGCUCAGGGCAGGAGGUGGGGGGCUGGUGGGUAGAGCAGAGAGAGGCUCCCCUCUCCCUCCCAAUCACCUCUCCUCCCGGCAUCCAAGCACUUUCUGAGCCUGUUAACAUGUCGUCCUGGAAAUACUUGGUUUCCCUGCCCCCCCCACCUGCCUCUUUCCACCCUCCCCUCCCCUCCUCCUCCAACCCUGCUGCACCCGAGUGGGCAGAGGCUGGCAGCGUGGCAGCUGGAGAGGGGAGACCGACAUCAGUGGGGGCCAGGAGGGCAGCGCUGAUGAAAUGCAGAGCCCUGGGGGCCAGGCUCCAGCAGACAGGUUUCUCUUGCUCCACAAAAGAGCUGAGCUGAUGAGUGACCGGCUGGACGCCUCUCCCAGGCUACGUGUCGUUCUCCACAUUUUGGGGACCAGCGUGUGUGGUGGGCACUACCUGAGCAGCCCUUGCUUAGACCGGGCAGUUGGGCACUGUCCACCAUUGAAACCUGAAGCAGAGUUAUAUCCUUCUUGCCCUUAAAAGUCCAUGUACUUAGAAGGGUGUAACUCUGGCUAGGAUCACAUGAUGACUCUUUUAGUCCACUUUUCUCCAUCCUCCCCCCACCCCUGGCCCCCCACCCCUGCCCCCGACACCCCCCCACACACCCGAGAGAGCCCUUGUGCUUGUGGCUUGCAGACUCCCUGUGGCCAGGACCUUGAUUGACUCCAGAGCGAAGCUGGCCUUCUCUGGAGCCUGCCCUCCAGCCUUUGCGAGGCCUCGGGAAAAACCCUUUGGAGGGGGGCAGCUGCUCGGGCUGAGAUUCCUCCCAAAGGCCUCGAGAAGAGGGGCGGGGAGGGCGAGGAGGAUGGUUUCCUGGCAGGGGCUUGAGAAGAGCUGACAUUGUGCUAGGACCCCCCCCCCCCCUGCAGUGGCAGCCAAGGGAGCUUAGCAACCAGGCUGACGCACUGGGUGGAACCUAGCAACGGUUGACGUGGCGAUGGAACGAAGGGAUGGGAUGACUGAUGGACUGGCCCCAAGGUCAUGGCAACCUCUAUUGCCUGCAGAAGGGAGGGUGGGGGGCUCGGCCACCUCUUCCUCCUGUCCCCUCCCCCCUCCCCUCUCCCUCUUCCGCAGCUUCCAGACCGACUGAUGUGCAAUAUUAGAAUCUUGUAAAUGGAGAUAUAUUUAUAAGUAGAUGAAGUGCAAAUUGUAUUAUGGUCUUCCUCGCAGUGAGCAGAGCAACAGUCUGCACUCUCCAGAGCUGGCUUCUGUAGACAGACGUGCACCUCCCCCCCUUUGUGGGCAGGGUGCUGAUUGCAGGAGCUUUCUGGGAGGGGUGCCUGUGGAUAGGCCGGAGGCCAGAAGACUCCCCAGAAGUCUAGUCCCCUCUGGCCGGGGCCUUUGACUACCAAUGGGAACCCUCCCCGUCCCACCUCACCCCCUUCCUGCAGCAGCUCGCUUCUGAAAUGUCCUCUGUCUUGUGGGCAGCCCCCCUCCCCCCGUGCCAGGCAGCAAUGAGGCCGCUUCAUUUCCUUGUGGCUCUCAGCCUCCUCCUGGUCCCGGGAGACAGAAAUCACCCCCCCCCCUUGCAAUAAAGCUCUAUCCUGUCGGUACCAACA